AUGAAAGUCCUUAUCAUGUUGGAACUGCUGCUGCUACUUGCUUCUUUGAUGUGGAUGUGUUCUGGGCAACAGCCGGUGUUGGUGGAAUGCAGCCAUUUUAAUUUCCUUGCCAUACCUAAAAGGGCACUGUUUUAUGAAUAUGAAAUUUUAACUCCUGAAGAAUUAUUUCUAGGGACUGGCUGUCCACCAACUCGAGUGCAACUUGAAGAAUUACACUUUCAUUAUCCCAUUGAUUUCUGUGGAAUUCUGAAACAGGUUUUCUUUGAUGGAGUUGUCAUUCAUUCCUGGCUUACCUAUAAACCAAGGUUUAGAUUACUUGUUGCUCAAAUCCACUUGGAGUGUGUGGUUCCCAACUCCUAUACGAUCCCAAAUAAGAUUGAAGUGAAUAUUCCUGCUCAACACUGGUUCUUGGUACAGAACAGAAUGAGCGUAACAUGUGGCUCUCCCCACUUCAGAGAUAACUGGUCAACACCUUACAAGUCAAGCAAUAGCUCUUUCCAGCUGCCUUCAAAUCUGUCCCUCGAUCAUUGCAUUUUAUAA